GACAUAACCAUUUAUGUGCUAUUUUCAUCUACAUGGCAACAGAGGAGUAGAAUAUGGUUCAUAUGGCACAAUAACUACAGUGAUGAUACAUUUUGUGAUAGACUAUAAGGAAGUAUAUAGGCAUCUGCACAAACUGCAAAGUGAAGUGUAGACUCGGCUAAGGUGUUACAGCGUGCAGGGACGCUCGGACGUUAUGCGCACAUUAAGAUCUCUCUUUUUUUUUAAAUUGCGAUUAAGUGGACAUAAAUUCAUAUAUUGUGUUUGUGAGACUUUCGCUCUGAAUCUAUUAUUCCAUUCAACACACUUUCGCGGCUCUGGCAAGAGUUUCUAAACACGCCUCUUUGGAAGUAGACUACUAUACAUCCCGCACGUUCCACCGAUUUGCAGGUGCUCUCAUCCAUAGCGAAAAAGCAACAUUUUGUACACGGUUCAGUUUGAGCCUUAGCUAUGCACUGCAUGUAGAUUUUUAAAUAUCAUACCGUUUUAGUGGAUGAUGCUCAGUGUAUUUAACGUUAAUAACAGUACGGACACUGAAUUACAGAACAGACUGAAAAUGCCAUUUCUUCAACAAAGGUUGCACUCAGACUUAGAACAGUUAGUUGUGGACCAGAUUGUACCAUCGCUGUUGGACCAAGGCUUCUUUUUCGUUGACAACUUUUUGGGAGAGUUCGUUGGACACAUUGUUUUGGGUCAAGUGAAGAACAUCCACCACGCAGGUCUUCUGAAAGAUGGACAGCUCGCUCGUCGAGGCUUCGGAGUGUCCAAAAGAAACAUAAGGGGGGACAAGAUCGCUUGGGUUAGUGGAGCUGAGAAGGGAUGCGAGGCUGUGAAUUUUCUUCUGACGUUAAUCGACAAUUUAAUUUCCCUUUGCAUUGGACAGCUUGGAAUAAAAAUUCGCGAGCGGUCGAAGGCAAUGGUUGCUUGCUAUCCAGGAAAUGGCACUGGCUAUGUGAAGCACGUGGAUAACCCCAAUGGUGAUGGCCGCUGUGUCACCUGUAUCUACUACCUGAAUAAAAACUGGAAUGCCAAGGAGCAUGGUGGAAUCCUGCGGAUCUUUCCAGAAGGCAAAUCCCACGUGGCAGACAUUGAGCCCCUGUUUGACCGGCUGCUUCUAUUCUGGUCUGACCGCCGAAACCCCCACGAGGUCCAGCCAUCUUAUGCUCAAAGGUAUGCAAUCACUGUGUGGUAUUUUGACUCAGAAGAAAGGGCUGCAGCAAAAAGAAGAUUCAGAGACUUAACAAGCUCGUCUGGGCAGGAUGGCAGCACACCCUGAUCCACAGAUGCCGGCGUGGACUGAAGUUACCACAUGUGCAACUGUUCUCUGGAUCAGAAAGUGGCGAAAGUCAGCGAGGGUCUUUGAGACCCCCAGUUUUCUUCCCUCAGUCUGUCCUGAUCUCUGUGCUUCGUCCCACCCCAAAGUGGUACCAACACCUUCGUCACUCAGGAAGGAAGGAAAGAUUUUGUUGGCAAGAACUUUCUAGAAAUUGCAUUUUUUGUUUUUGCAUUUCUGUUGUUUGACCCGGCACACACAUACAUUUUCAAACAGGGUAUUUGUUUCUUUUGUUAUUAAUACAAAGUAUACCUACUCUGCAAAAAGUGACCGGCACUCACUUUCUGUCUUGUAUGUACUAGCGUACCAUUCUAUUUCAUUUUACACUAGUGACAUCUUUUGGGAUUUAAACAAUUUGAAACUGUAAGUUUUGCUUUGUGUCGAACCAUUCGAUUGAAGCUCUGAAACAAAUUGAGCUGAUGAAACCUCCCUCUGAAUGACAAAUGGUGCACUGCACUUAAAAACAGCCCUGAAAAAUGGUCCAGUAAUGUCAUUUUUUAUUUAUGAAGGUCCUGAAGAGUGAAAUAAAAGAUAAUGAAAUAGACCAUUAUUAAGGACGCAUUAAAUAACAUAAACAUGUUAUUUAGCUUUUUAUCACCAGUUAAUUUUUUUAACACCAAAGGAACACUAUUUAGAGUAAAGUGACUACUUUUUAUUAAUGUUGAAGAAUUAUAUUUUGCAUCAACUCUCUCCCAGAUUUUUACUUAUGUUCGCCCUGAUCUUGUUUAAUAUGUUUUGUAUAUCUAGUAUAAAUACUGCAAGUUUGUAAUCACGUCUGUAAAUGCAGCUUGCAAAAUCAUUGUGUCAAAAUGACUCGUUAGUAUCAGAAUAUAUUAAUACCGGUAUUGCCUAUUUGAUUUUGUUCCGUUGCUUUUUUUUCUCACUGUGUGGUAGUGCAGUCCAUGAAGAUUAUUGAUAAAUCACUGGUUUAUGUAACCAGCUCUGUUUACUGUUUACCUAGUUGCCAUGAUUUGCCUAUGUAGGGGUUAGAUAUAUGUUAUCAUGUAAUCUCUCAGCCCCCCACUGUGCGUAGGCUUAUGUGAAGCUACUGUCAUAACCACCACUGAUAUUGUUCAAAAUGUGUGUGUGUGUGUGUGUGUGUGUGUGUGUGUGUGUGUGUGUGUGUGUGUAAGCGAGAGAGAGACACUGCUUCCUACCGCUAUCGCCCAUGUUUGAUAAUGCACUGAGGCUCCAGGAGUCAGCUUGCAUGCAGGUCAUCAAUGCUGUGCUGGUGUCUGGGUUGUUUGGUGUUUGGGUGUGUGUGUUUUUCUGCGUUUGACAAAUAAAAGUAGAGUGUUU